AUGGUGGCACAUCAAAACCCCCCACGGGAGACGCUCCUUGGCGAUGACAUAGCGGCAGUAAAGACAGCUCCAAGCAGCAAACCGGAUUCAGAACCAAUGCCAAUUGCCGUCAUCGGUAUGGCCUGUCGAUUUCCCGGAGAUGCCAACAGCCCCGAAAAGCUGUGGAAGCUCGUCUCCGAAGGACGCAACGCUUGGUCACCCCUUAAUGCGGCACGUUUCAACCCUGCCGCAUGGUACCAUCCGGAUGAGAGGAACUUCGGGACCACAAACGUGAAGGGAGCUCACUAUCUUAGUGGAGACAUCGAGUACUUUGAUGCACCGUUCUUCAACUUCACAGCCGACGUUGCCGGUACCAUGGGUCCCGAAAUACGUCUCCAGCUCGAGACGGUAUAUGAAGCGUUCGAGAAUGCUGGGCUUCCUAUAGAGCAGGUAGCAGGUUCCAAUACUUCAGUGUAUUCCGGAACCUUCUUUCGUGAUUCACACGAUAGUCAAUUACGCGAUCUACCUACAAUGGACAACACCUUCAUGAUCACUGGUACCGGCGCUGCUAUGGUGGCUAAUCGUGUUUCACACUUUUAUGACCUCCGUGGCCCGAGUGUAAUGGUCGAUACCGGAUGCUCCACUUCCUUGACGACAUUGCACUUGGCAUGCCAGAGUUUACGCUCCGGAGAGUCGACGAUGUCCAUUGUAGGCGGCUCAGGAUUACUGCUAAACGCUGAUGCGUUCAUUGGUGGAACAAAAUUAGGGACAUUCUCCCCCGAAGGUAAAUGCUUCGCCUUCGACUCAAGGGCCAACGGUUACGGCCGCGGAGAUGGCGUCGGAGCCGUGUUGUUGAAACCAUUCGCGGAUGCUGUACGAGACGGCGACCCCAUUCGUGCCGUCAUUCGUAACACCAGCGCAAACCAGGAUGGAAAGACCGGUACUAUAACAGCCCCCAGUGCAGAGGCACAGAUCGAACUCAUGACGCAAUGCUAUCAGAGCGCUGGGCUAGAUCCAGUGGACAGUGGCUACGUUGAGGCACAUGGUACAGGGACCGCCACUGGCGACCCUAUUGAGGCCAAGGCGAUAGGAUUUGUUUUCGGCGAGAAAAGGCAUAUAGACAACCCUAUUCUGAUGGGAUCGAUAAAGACGAACAUCGGACAUACUGAGGCAGCCAGUGGAGUGGCUAGCUUGAUCAAGGUCGUUCUUGCCCUUGAGAAGGGACAGAUCCCGCCUCAUGUCAAUUAUGAGAAAGGAAAUCCCGGCAUCCCGCUCAGGGAACUCAAGCUCCAGAUUCCACGUUCUCUCAAGCCCUGGCCUGAGAACAGUCUGAAACGAGCUUCAGUGAACAAUUUCGGGUAUGGUGGUGCCAAUGCUCAUGCAAUUGUCGAGCAUCCAAGCUACCUAUUAUCCAAGAAGUUCUCCAGCGAAAACUCACAAAGUCGCGUUGAAUCAAGACAUCCUGACAGAUCUCGUAUCUUUGUAUGGAGCGCCAAAGACAAGCACACUGUCGAAGUCAUACGCGGUUGCCUCCAAGAAUACCUGAGUAAACCUUUUACCGAAACCUCGGAGCAGCUGCUUGACCAGCUAGCUUUUACACUGGGGUCACGCAGAUCCCGCUUCCAAUGGACAAUGACCUGUGCUCAAGGAACGGUUGAGGACCUGCGCGCUGCACUGGACACGGCGAGCAGUGGGGAAGUGCAACCAGCAUCGAGCCCGCGCCGCGCAUCUGGAAUUCCCAGGUUAGGUUUCGUCUUCAGUGGUCAGGGCGCCCAGUGGCACGCUAUGGGUAGAGAGCUCAUCAGUCUUUACCCCGUCUUCAAGAACGUGCUUCUCCGCGCAGAGAAGUGCCUCCUUGAGCUUGGCGCAAACUGGUCGCUUAUGGAGGAGCUCUUGAGAGACGAAGCCACAACCAACGUCAACGAGGUGCUCUACAGUCUACCCAUGUCGGUGGCGAUACAACUAGCCUUGAUCGAGCUCCUUAGGUCAUGGAGUAUCAAUCCGACUUGUGUGACGGGUCACUCAUCUGGUGAAGUCAGCGCUGCUUACGCGGCAGGUGCCGUUUCUUUCAAAGCUGCUUUGGCAAUUGUCUAUUGUCGAGGUGAUUUAACCACGAAAAUCAGUAAGCUUUUGAACCGCAACGGGACCAUGAUUGCAGUAGGCCUAGGCCGUAAGGAAGCCGAAGACAGGAUUUCACGGAUUCCUUCUGAUUCUGGGGAGUUGAUGGUGGCAUGUGUGAACAGCCCAAAUAGCGUCACCGUCUCCGGUGACAUACCCGCGAUUCAUGAUCUCGAGGUUCUCUUACAUGACGAGAAUAUAUUCGCACGCCGACUCAAAGUCAGUGCGGCGUACCAUUCCCAUCAUAUGAUUCCGAUCGCCGAACCUUACCACGCGGCUCUUGAGCCUCUUCUUGAGCCAACGGAGCCUAUGGACGGUUCAAUCAUAUUCUCUUCGCCUACGACCGGCCGUCGUGUGGAUGACCUAGCGUGCCUGACGGACCCUGGGCACUGGGUGCGAAAUAUGGUGCAGCCAGUGGAAUUUCUCGAUUGUUUGACGCACAUUCGGACCCCAUGCCGCCCUGGGGGACCUAUCAAACAGAUCUUAAUGCAGCCUGAGCUAAAGGGGUUGGGCAUAACAUACGCAUCAACAUUGAACCGAGGCCAUAGCGCAAUCUCUAGUAUACAUUCCCUAGUCUGCUCUCUCGUCCAACAAGGCUACCCUGUUGACCUGAACAUGGUCAAUUUCCCCUUCGGGCAGCCUCAACAUCUGAAAGUUCUCACUGACUUACCACCGUACCCCUGGAACCAUCAGACACGAUAUUGGAAGGAACCCCGUAUCAAUCAAGACUUGAGGAAGCGUUCCCAUCCAUUUCACGACCUUCUCGGGACACCGGCAUACGACUUUUCGCCGUUGACACCCCACUGGCGAUGGUGCAUCCGUCACCGAGAUAUCCCUUGGGUGCGCGACCAUGUCAUUCAGGGCAGUGUCAUAUUCCCUGGUGCGGGAUACAUCACUAUGGCGAUAGAGGCUAUCCGACAAACUGUACGAAAUACUACAGAAAUAAGCGGCUACAAAUUCGAGGCAAUCAAUAUUGUUCAGGCUUUGGUGCUCGAAGAUAGGGCUGAGGGCACCGAGAUUCGACUUUCCAUUCGACCCUGCGUCGACCGUAUACACCUAGGUCAGGGCUGGAAUGACUUUCAUAUCCAGUCUCUGCACUCGAGUGGCAAGUGGAUAGUGCACUGUGAGGGGCGUGUCGGUGUAACCAAAGGGGUUAUAGAGCAUUCUUUCAUCCGCAAUGAGGUAGCCGCUAGCGUCUCAAAGGACGCGUCUCUUGGCGACAAAGUGGACGGGCCUCUUAUCUACGAGUCGUUGAACAGCAUUGGCCUCUCCUAUGGUCCUACCUUCCAGAACCAAAUCUCAAGCCAGCAGGGCGAUGGCUUUUCAAAGUCCGUCAUCAGAAUUGCAGACACGGUCACGACAAUGCCAUAUCAGUACCAGAGGAGCCACAUAAUUCAUCCCACAACACUUGACACUAUCUUUCAGGCUGUAUUUCACAAUUUGCCAUCCUCAGCUCCCAAGAAGGCUAUGGUACCUACCACUAUCCGUGCGAUGUUCGUCUCCGCCAAGAUAAGCAACAAGCCAGGGGAUCAUUUCGAGAUGACUUCAACACUGAAUGUUUCCAAGACUCAGGGUUUCGAGUCUUCGGCCGCAUUGCAAAGCACUGGCCCUAUGGCUACAGAGGAUAGUAACUUGCCGUUGCUCAUCAUGAACGGCCUAUACUGUCAAGCUGUCGGAGGCGGAGCCGCCAUGACCAACGCUGACCAGGACAAGUUGUGCUUUACCACAACGUGGAAACCCGAAGUGGAUAUGUUGAAGCCCUCAAAACUUACUUUCAGUGGCAGGGAUAGAUUAACUGCUAUCGGCAGCACCAUCGAGUUGCUCUGCCACAAGCUUCCCAUGGCUAACAUUAUUGAGGUCGGCGCAGAUAAAGGUGAAUUCACUCACCAUAUCCAGAACGCGCUCAUGUUGUCCAAACAUAUUGGCCGCUUCGAUGUCACUGCCCCAUUAGCUGAAACUGUUGAUGCUAUUCGCACGUCGCUCGAUGGCGCGGAUAAGAUUGGCUUUCAUACAUUCAAGCUCGAUGACUCAAAUGCCCAGGGUCUUGAACUCGCUAGCUAUGAUCUGGUCAUCGUAUCGGCGAGUGUCUAUGAAUCCCAGAACUUAGAGCAAGCUAUGGGCAAUCUUCGAAGACUGCUGAAACCUCGUGGAAGGAUUAUGGUUAGGGGUUCGCCGCAGAGUAACGAUAUGUUGUCUGAAUCCUUCAAGCAAUCCGGCAAUAUCUCAUCACUUCGAUUUUCAGAUGAUACUGAUAUUUCCUCCGCCGCGUUAUUUGAACAGCAGUGGGCUGGUGUUCUCCAACGCGCUGACUUUGAGAAUAUCUUCAUCGAGGAAGACCUUACGGUAGCAAAUGCGGCAUCCCAAGAAGCAAAGCCUCAACAGGAAGCGGUCGGAUCAUCGACUUUAGCAAUUGUAUAUUCCACUGCGAAGAUUCCGGCACGAUUUCUAGAGCAACUUAGCAAGGGUAUCACGGACAAGUUCAACACGUUAAAUGUGAGCUUCCAUCGGUUAGAUGAAAUCACCAACUUGCCUGGGAACGCCUUCGUGAUCUUCCUUGGUGACCUAGCAGCACCCUUCCUGCACGAACCUACCGCCCAAGAGUUUAACCAACUCAAACUAAUGUUAUCACGAUUUCGGCGCGUUCUGUGGCUAUCUCAGGGCUCGCAGAUCGACUGUCCCAAUCCAUUUAUGAGUCUCCACCACGGUCUACUACGUACAUUACGUUGCGAAGAUACCACACGGCGAUUCGUAUCUCUGGAUUUGGACCCGGCAGUGCCCACAUGGGAAGUCGUUUCCAUCAAUCACAUUACCUAUGUUUUGGGAGUAAUGCUCAAAGAUGACUUACCUCUUCCGGAUACUGAGUAUGCCGUGCGGUCGGAUAUCCUUCAGAUCCCCCGCAUUUACCAGGACUUCAAGCAGAACAAUGACGUGGCUAGCUCUGUCUCGAGGCAGCUGCCCGAAAUGCGCCCCUUCUCGAAUAGCGGCAUGGACCUGAAGCUUACUUCUACAGCUCGGGGCAUGCUGCAAAACUUGACAUUUGUACAUGAUACCCGCCUGGACAGCCCGAUGGAGGACGAAUUUGUCGAGAUCAAGCCACAAGCCUACGGCGUCAAUUUCCGUGACCUCAUGGUGGCACUCGACCAGCUGCAAUCGGAGAGCAUAGGCUUCGAGUGUGCCGGCGUUGUCUCUCGUGUUGGCAAGAUUGCCGAAGCCAAGGGAUUCCAUGUCGGCGACCGUGUGUAUGCAGUAGCUGUGGAUUGCUUCGCGACAACGGUUCGAAUUGAGUAUCUCAAGGUCGCCCAGCUCCCCGACUGGCUUAGCUUCGCCGAGGGCGCCUCGCUGCCCCUGGUACAUGCCACAGCCUAUCAUGGACUUUGCGAUGUCGCACGACUGCGACCGAAUGAGACGGUACUGAUCCAUGCCGCCAGCGGUGGUGUCGGACAGUCCGCGAUCAUGAUAGCGAAGGACAUCGGCGCUGAGAUCUUCGCUACCGUCGGCACAGCUGAGAAGCGCGAAUUCCUGAAGGAGAUUUAUGAUAUCCCCGACGACCACAUCUUCUCGAGUCGUGACGUUUCCUUCGCCAACGGGGUCAUGGAACGCACCCGUGGCAAAGGUGUUGACGUCAUUCUCAAUUCGCUUGGAGGGCCGCUGCUUCGCGCGUCCUGGAACUGUCUUGCUGAUUUCGGUCGCUUCAUCGAGAUUGGGAAACGCGACAUCGAAUUGGACAACAAUAUCGGCCUGGCGCCGUUCGCACGUGGCACGAUGUUUGCAGCCCUCGAUCUGCUUUUCAUGUACUAUAAGCGUCCGAUGGAGUUUUUCCAGAUUGUGCAGAACAUUUCCAGCAUGGUGAAAGAGCGUAAGCUGGGCCCGGUGCAUCCCAUUACGUCUUUUCCCAUCUCCGAGUACGAGAAGGCCCUCCGAUUCAUGCAAGAAGGCAAGCAUAAGGGAAAGAUUGUGUUGGAACCAAGGGAAGGUGAUCUAGUCAAGGUUCUACCACCAAGUCGGCCCGUGAAGCUGUCUUCAGAAGGCAGUUAUCUGAUUGUAGGUGGUCUCGGAGGUAUUGGCAAGUCCGUGGCGCAGAUGUUGGUGGACAAGGGCGCACGCUACCUGAUCCUAAUGUCCCGAAGCGCGGCAUCACCUUCCGCCGAGAAUGCAGCUUUCCUCGAAGCAUUACAGUCGUCUGGUACGGUUGUCAGUCUGAAGAGCUGUGACGUAUCUCAGAAGAACGAUGUCGCCCAGGCACUCGCGGAAUGCGCUCAAUCCAUGCCGCCCAUAAAGGGCGUGAUCCAAUCCGCCAUGGUCUUGCGGGACGUUCUCUUCGACCAGAUGUCGCACAACGAUUAUACAGCCGCCGUCCAGGCUAAGGUGCAGGGUACGUGGAACCUUCAUGAACUCGUUCCCGCUGCGCCGCUCGACUACUUCAUCAUGCUGUCAAGCAUCAGCGGCGUCGGCGGUAACACAGGCCAGGCCAACUACGCCGCCGGCGGUACCUUUCAGGAUGCGCUGGCCAAGCACCGUGCAUCGCUCGGCUUGCCGGCUGUGUCGCUGGAUUUGGGCGCCGUGAAUUCCGUAGGCGUCCUCGCAGACGCUAAGAACAGUGCCGUGGCUGCCCAACUCAAGAAGGCUGGGCUCCGGCCCCUGGAGGAAGCCGAGGUCCUACGUCUUAUCGAGUCCGCCAUUCGGUCGCCCCGCCGCACGCCGCAGUCGAGCCAGAUCAUUACAGGUAUCCCCCCUGGUUUUGUACGGUCAACGUCGGCGACCUUCUGGAACCACGAUCCGCGCUUCGCACCACUGGAGAUAAUUGGUGGGGCCGACUCCGCUGGUCUAUCAGGCGGUGCCACCGCAGGGAGCGGCAGCGCCAAGGUCUUACUUGCGGCUGUCACAACGGUUGCCGAGGCCCAGGGGGUCAUUUUAGAUAUCAUGUUGACCAAGCUGGCCAAGGAGUUCGGCCGCGCCAAGGACGACAUUGACCCAUCCCUGGCAUUGACCGAGAUCGGCGUUGAUUCACUCAUCUCCGUUGAGCUGCGCAAUUGGAUCGUAGCUACGCUGGAAGCCGAGUGCUCUAUCUUCGAUGUCAUGCAGAGUCCGUCGUUGACUAUACUUGUUGAUAAGCUUGUAGCAAAAAGUCGGCUGGUCCGUCUUGCUAGCAGAACAGAUGCAGAUGGCGCAACUGGCAGCGCGGAGACAUAAAUUUUCUUUCUCCCAGUUGUUUCAACAAAACUGGGCCUCUUAGGUUGAGAUCAGUUAAAAUAUGGCCAUGUGUGUUAUCGUCGGAUAAGAAAUGGACAUUCGCAUCUAUUGAGUUGUUGUUUUCCUUAUUAAGAUUGUAUCUAUCCACAUGCGAUUUAAUUGCCCC